GCAGCAGUAAACCAUCAGAGUCUCAACAUGAACGUCCGUCACACUUUGAUCUGCUUCUUCUUCCUCUCUCUGCAGGAUGGAAGCCCAAUCAGUGUCUAUAAGAGAACUGAAGGACAAGAUAUGUCAAUUUAUUGCACUUUUUCUUCGUCUGGAAACAUAAGAUUCUUCUGUAAGAAUGAAUGUAAAGAAAAAGGAGAUCUUCUUAUUGAAACAACUAAUGUCACAGCUCAGAUUGGCAGAUACAGGAUUGAAUAUGAAACAGUUGAACCAAAAGCUUAUGUUUCCGUCAGCAUCUCCCAGCUGACCAAGUCUGACUCAGGGCGGUACAGGUGUGGUCUGAACCGAUCUCUUUCUUCAGAAUCAUUCAGCGACUUUGAAGUCAUUGUUGUAGACGUAAUCCUGUAUGGAAAUCCUCCUAAAGUAAAAACCUUCCAUAAGACAACUGGAGAUGACCUCAUCCUUCAAUGCUACUCUAUUCUCUCUGGAACCAGGAGGUACUUCUGUAAGGAACAAUGUGAAGACAAAGACAUUCUUGUUGAAACAACUGGUGUCAGCGCUGAGAGAGACAGAUACAGCAUCAGAUAUGAAAAAGCAUCUCCAUCAGGAGGAUUUGUGUAUGUGAACAUCUCACAGCUGACCAGGUCUGACUCAGGACUGUACAGGUGUGGUCUGAGCACAUCUUUCUCUCCGGAUCCUUACCAAGAGUUUAGGCUCGUUGUCACAGAUGCUCUGACCACGUCUCAACCAAUCAGCACUCUGCCGAUUCAUGGUUGGCUGCUGUAUUUGGUCGUGCCUGUUGGUAUUAUUGUCAUCAUCUCUGUGCUGGCGCUGACGGUCAUCUGUUUUUGGAGGAGGUACAAACCCAACGGAUUGAACACAGGAGAAAACUCGGAUGGCAUCAACAUGAAGGUUGUCCCAGAUUGCGACUACGAGAACUUUUCUCCAAAUUCCAAAUACUAGGACUCCACAUACGAGAGCCUUGAUCCAGCCAGCAGGCAUUAGGACCAAACCUACUCUACGCUCUCCCAAAUACAACACAGACGAGCUGGAAUCUGUAACUGUGCCUCAGGGGUCCAGGUUGUACUUAGUGUUUCUGUAUUUUCAGCGCAGUUCUUAAUGCCAUGUGUAUAUUGUUAAAUUGGAGAAUGUGUUUCUCAUUUUGCUGGAGUAUUACUUCUUCGCAGUGUGUUUUAUUUGCAUGUGUUUUCUUGAGUUGCAUUUAGUUGAUCUCUCUGGGCCACCGCACAUUUGUAGUCAGUGGAGUUUCUUUUUACAUGUUCCAUUGUGACACAUUAUCUAUAAUAGUAUCUCUUAUAAUAAGACUUAUUUUUAUUAGUUAUAUAUCACCUCUUAAGCAAAGUUUCCGUUAGUUUGAGAGCCUCUGUGUCAUCUGUUUUUUCACACAGUGCUGUUGUCAUCCUGAACUCGGACUUUAACUUUCAAAAGUUCAUGUCAUUAUCAAAUAGUAUUUCAAUCCGGUGGCAAUGGGGGGUUGAACCUCAUAAUAUGUACAUAUGUACAUAUAUAUAGUAGUGCUUCGCCAACAGGAGCAUACUGUGCUUUAGAGCAUUUUGAGUGAUU